UGCGCCCCUAAAGCACGAUUCUGCUUUUCCCUCCCGAGAGCGGGGAUUUGUUUGACUGUUCCCCGGUAUCCGUAGUUAGGAGCGCGACAUGUGCGGAGGCUGCGUCCAGCAGGAGUACCCGGACCGGGGGAGCACAUGCUUGGAGACAGGUUCAUACUUGUUAAACUAUGUGAGCUGCGUUCAGUGCAAUAAGAGAGACUUUGUUCUCAUAGUGAAUAAAACAGCAGCAGAAGAGGAUGGGGAAGAGAUUAUCACUUAUGACCAUAUGUGCAAAAACUGUCACCAUGUGAUUGCAAAACAUGAAUAUACCUUUAGUGUGGUUGAUGACUACCAGGAAUAUACCAUGCUGUGCAUGCUGUGCGGAAGAGCUGAGGACUCUGUCAGUGUUCUACCCGAUGACCCACGACAGAUGGCUCCACUUUUCUAAAGUGACCAUAUUGCUCGCCCACACACCUUUAUUCUGUUUAAUACUAUUCCUGCAAUUGUUUCACAUAAAACCCUGACUACUCAAACCAUUUAAAGGGAUACUGUCAUGGGGAAAAAAAUGUUUACAAAAUGAAUCAGUUAAUAGUGCUGCUCCAGCAGAAUUUUGCACUGAAAUCCAUUUCUCAAAAGAGCAAACAGAUUUUUUUUAAAUUCAAUUUUGAAAUCUGACAUGGGGCUAGACAUAUUGUCAAUUUCCCAGCUGCCCCCAGUCAUGUGACUUGUGCUCUGAUAAACUUCAAUCACUCUUUACUGCUGUACUGCAAGUUGGAGUGAUAUCACCCCUCCCUUUUCCCCCCCCAGCAGCCAAACAAAAGAACAAUGGGAAGGUAACCAGAUAGCAGCUCCCUAACACAAGAUAACAGCUGCCUGGUAGAUCUAAGAACAACACUCAAUAGUAAAAACCCAUGUCUCACUGAGACACAUUCAGUUACAUUGAGAAGGAAAAACAGCAGCCUGCCAGAAAGCAUUUCUCUCCUAAAGUGCAGGCACAACUCACAUGACUUGGGGAGCUGGGAAAUUGACAAUAUGUCUAGCCUGUCAGAUUUCAAAACUGAAUAUAAAAAAAUCUGUUUGCUCUUUUGAGAAAUGGAUUUCAGUGCAGAAUUCUGCUGGAGCAGCACUAUUAACUGAUUCAUUUUGAAAAUAACAUGUUUUCCGAUGACAGGAUCCCUUUAAGUAUUAAACCUCUGUAUAGCGUUAUAACAGAAAUAUGAGCUUUUAUGGCCUUUUGUUUCAUAAUGCAUAACAUUAUAGUGUUCUAGAAAAAAAACAUUUAUCAGAUAUUUGUUUUUUGAUAUUGCUCAAAAUCUACAUACAAAAUGAACAUUGCAAAAUUCAAACACAAUGAUAUUACAUACACCAUUGCUCAGUCUUUUUUUUUUCUAUUUCAAGCUGCAAUGACCAUAAACAUGUAUUUAUUUAUUUGG